UAAGAAGACACAACUCUUGUUUUAAAUUUGAGUCCCAUUUACUUUUGAUGCUAAAUAGGAGAGAAAACGUUUUUGACUCACACAUAACGUAGAGAGACAGAGAGAGACAAAAAAAAAAGACGGGAAUAUUCCGGCGAAGAUUGAGACUCUCAAUAUCCAAUGGAGAAGUAUUCCCGGCGGUCUAUUCUCCUUUCCACGGUGGUCGCCGCCGUGUUAUUCUCUUUAAUUCCGGUUUCAAUCUCUAUUCCCUUCAUACUCUUUCACGGAAUUGGAGAUAAAUGUUCUGGUGGAGUUAGUAACUUCACGCAACUCCUAACCAACCUCUCUGGCUCUCCUGGCUAUUGCUUGUAAUGAAUCACCAACUAAAACAUUACUUACCUAACUUCUUUUGAUUAUGUGUUUUUAGUAUCUUCUAAGGAUCUUUUUUAAUUCAAUAUGUAGAGAAAUAGGAAAUGGAGAAAAGGACUCAUGGUUCAUGCCACUAAGAAAGCAAACAAGUGUAGCGUGUGAGAAAGUGAAAGCGAUGAAAGUGUUAAGUCAAGGUUACAACAUUGUUGCAGAGUCUCAAGGAAACUUAGUUGCUAGAGGACUAAUCGAGUUCUGCGAUAAUGCUCCUCCUGUUAUAAACUAUAUCUCUUUAGGAGGUCCUCAUGCUGGCAUUGCCAAAAUCCCUAAGUGUAAUUCUGGCCCAAUAUGUGCGAUAGGUGAAGCUUUGUUGAAGUUAGAGGUCUAUACUGACUUCGUUCAAGAUCAUAUUGCUCCUAGUGGUUAUAUCAAGAUUCCUGGUGAAAUUUCAAAGUAUUUGGAGCACUCCAAGUAUCUACCAAAGCUUAACAAUGAGAGACCUGACGAAAGAAACUCUACUUUCAAAGACCGAUUCACUAACUUACACAAUUUAGUUCUUGUCAUGUUCGAGAGCGAUACAAUGUUAAUCCCUAAAGAAACUGCAUGGUUUGGUUAUUAUGAAGAUGAAGGAUUCGAUACCCUUUUGUCAGCUCAACAGACAAAGUUGUACAGAGAAGAUUGGAUUGGUCUGAAAGCAUUGGAUGCUGCCGGAAAAGUGAAGUUUGAAAGUGUGUUAGGGGACCACCUCAGUAUAUCGGAUGAGGAGGUUGUGGAAUUUGUUGUGCCUUACUUAAUGCAAAACUGUAUGUGAAUUUUCAUGAGACUAUAAGAUUGACAAAGUUUAUGGACUAUAAAUCCAAAUUCAUUUAUUGUUUCUGAUAAAGAUUUUUUUAAAUUUCUGGUAAUUUUUUUAACUU